AUGACUUUUCUAGCUAUCUAUCUAUCUAUCUAUCUAUCUAGCUAUCUAGCUAGCUAUCUAUCUAUCUAUCUAUCUCCGUGCGUCUGUAAGUAUCUAUCUAUCUAUCUAUCUAUCUAUCUAUCUAUCUAUCUAUCUAUCUGUCUGUCUGUCUGUCUGUCUAUCUAUCUAUCUCCUUACAAAAGAAAGCUUGAUCUAUCUAUCUAUCUAUCUAUCUAUCUAUCUAUCUAUCUAUCUGUUGUGAGGGAGGACACCACGACACUAUCUAUCUCAUUCUGUUUUCUUUCUGUCUCUUCCUGUUCUCUUUCUGUCCGUCUCUUUCUUUCUCUUUCUUUUCGUUAUUCGUUAUCUAUCUAUCUAUCUAUCUAUCUAUCUAUCUAUCUAUCUAUCUAUCUAUCUCAUUCUGUUUACUAUCUAUGUGUCUGUUCCUUUCUAUUCUCUCUCUAUCAAUAUUUUCUUCGCACUUUCUUUCAUAAAUCUCUCUCCUUCACACUCCCUCUUUCGGAGAUUAUUUCUAAUAGGAAAUCUUUUCUUCUCUCUUCUCACCGUCUUUUGUAUUUUUCGGCCAGUUUCAUUAAUUUGAUCUUUAAUAACAACCAACAACUAAUCCCUUUCAUUCAACCAUUUCCCCCUUUUCGUCGCUUUAUGAUCUUUCCCUUCAUAUCUUUCUCUCGAUUAGUUUGA